GGAAAAAGCCUGAUGAGAGACUGGAAGGUAAACACCAGUCCAUCUGGAAAACAUUCACCAGCCCUCAAAUGAAUCUCCACUAAAAAGGACCAGGGCAACCACGGGCUUCUCUGGUAUUGGUGCGGCUAGCAUGUCUUCUUCCUCCCCGUCCUCUUCGCUUUCUUUAUCCGGAGGAGGAGGGGCCUCAUCUCUGCCCAUUGAAACCACGGCCUCGCGCUUGGAUCGCUCAGCCCAGCGCUUAAACGCCCCUCUAUCCUCUUCCAACCCGCCCACCACUGAGAGCGAAGGGGGACCCAGAGCAUCAGAAUCCGUGGGAAUCAACAUGAGCAGUCCGCUCCAUCCGGAUGAGCGAGAUUUGAAGGGCGGGGCAGAGGAAGAACUAACAGAAGGCCUAAAUGAGGAUGUGAAUGGUCUAGAGGUGGAUUCCACUCUUGAACCCGAAGUCGAUGAUGUUCCAGCCGCCACACCCGCGAAUCUCCUCCCUUCCACGCGAUCUCGCCCCAUUCCCUUGCCACCUCAACAGAUUCGCAGCCAGCCUCCGAGACGUUGGCGAGCCAACUCCAACGAUUCCUCCCAUCAUCAUUUACCAACUAAUGGGCAAGCCCUGGACCUCGAUGAUGCCACGGUCGAAGUCUCGGACAUGAUCCUAAACGUGUCUUUAAAUCGCCCCAAUCCGAUUACCUCGAGCCCUGCUGUCAACCAGAGUCAAGCCUCUAAUAGCAAGUACACCUCAAGUUCGACCGUAGCCGUUUCGACCGGUGGCCAAAGUGGGGUUGACCCUGAUCCGCCCUCCUCCGUGGUGAACUUACAGCUGACCUCAAUCGCUCACAAUUGGCAAGCCACCAAGAUGACCAUUAAAGACCGUUUAAGCUUCAUGUUCAACAACGAAGUCCUGGCUGAUAUUCAUUUCAUCGUGGGCAAAGAUGCGGCUCAACAAAGGAUUCCCGCCCAUCGAUUUGUACUCUCCGUUGGAUCGGCCGUGUUUGAUGCCAUGUUCAACUCGAAGUUAGCCACGAAGGAUGUGGAAAUCACCCUCCCGGACGUGGAACCGGCCUCUUUCUUGGCUCUUUUGCGGUUUAUUUAUUCCGAUGAGGUUCAAAUCGGGCCCGAGACAGUCAUGACCACUUUAUACACGGCCAAGAAAUACGCUGUGCCCGCUUUAGAAAAGCAUUGUGUGGACUUUCUCAAGCAUAAUUUGUCGGCGGAUAAUGCUUUCAUGCUAUUGACGCAAGCUCGGCUCUUUGACGAACCCCAAUUGGCCACCAUGUGUCUGGAGACCAUUGAUAAAUGUACACCAGAGGCUUUGAACGCGGAGGGAUUCAUUGAUAUUGACGUUGACACACUUUCGUCGGUUCUGGAUCGGGAUUCCCUCCGAGUGAAAGAAGCCCGAUUGUUUACCGCCGUGCUCAAGUGGAGUGAGGCAGAAUGCUUACGUCAAGGCUUGUCGGUGAAUCCGUCUAAUCAGCGAACAGUUUUGGGUCCGUUGCUACAAAAAGUCCGAUUUCCUCUGAUGACAGUAGAGGAAUUUGCUCAAGGCCCCGGCCAAAGCGGAAUACUCACCGAUCACGAAUCUGUGACCUUGUUUCUGUACUUUACUGUGAAUCCGAAACCACCCGUCAAGUUCUUGGAUGUGCCCAGAUGUUCCAUGUCCGGCAAGGAGCAAACUGUAUGUCGGUUUCAACAAAUUGAAUGUCGAUGGGGUUAUUCUGGAUCGUCAGACAAGAUCAGGUUCAUUGUGGAUCGACGGAUCUUCGUUGUGGGCUUUGGGCUUUAUGGCAGUAUUCACAAUCCCACCGAGUAUCAGACCACCAUCCAGAUCUUCCACACGGGCUCGGGUCGAUUGCUUGGCUCAAAUGAGUCUUCCUUUUUGUCAGAUGGAACCAAUUCCACGUUCCGUGUCAUGUUUAAAGAGCCCAUCGAGAUUCUGCCCAACACAAACUACACGGCGAAUGCCAUGCUAAAGGGAAUCGACUCGCAUUAUGGCACCAAAGGGAUGCGGAAAGUGUGUGUGGAUUGUCCUUUAGGCUUGAGAGUCACGUUCCAAUUCUCGUAUUCUGCCGGGAACAACAAUGGAACCUCGGUGGAAGAUGGACAGAUACCGGAAAUCAUCUUUUAUACAUAAGUUUAUCUCUCUGUCUCUCUGAAUGACUGUCAACUUGAAAUCUCUCUCCUUAGCAAAUAUUCCUUUGAUUACCCUGCUCCAUUUUUUGGUUGCAGCUUUUUUGUAAGUACUUGAAAGCUUUAAGUUUUGUGAAGAUGAAGUGGAAAAGGCAAGAAAGAUCAACAAAUGAAAAGACAAUAGCGAAAAAUACAAUAUGCUUGAAAUUACAACCAACGUUGGAUCUGAAACGAAUCUGUAAUAAAUAAUCUACGCCCUCUCA